AUGGUUGUCAUUCUUGGUAAUGAAAUUGGUGCUGAUGAAAAUCAAGGUGUAUUGCGGAAACCUGAACUUGUGAAAUCCCUUUGGAAUCUGAAAAAGGUGGGGUUUAUUUCAACUUUGUUUUAUGGUGAGCAAUUGAGAGUGGUGAAGGAGGCAUUGCACCUUGCAACUGCACCUUCCGCAGUUGUCUGUCGAGAAGAGGAGCAGGAUAUGGUUUUGGGGUUGCAAUCCUGCGUUGAGCACGAGAAGGCUGGGAGCUUGUACAUAUGCGGGUGCCCAGGAACUGGAAAAUCGUUGUCCAUGGAGAAAGUGAAAGAGGCUUUACUCAAUUGGGCAAAAGAGGAAGGUUUUCCACUGCCAGAUGUUUUGUCAGUAAAUUGUACAUCCCUUGCCAAUACAUCUGAUAUUUUCACCAAGAUACUUUGUAACGACUCAAUUUUCAAUACGAUCCUCUUCCUCAUUAUCAGAAAUCUCAAUAAUCUCAGGAGGGGUCUUGGCACUCAGCAGAUCUCAGUGUCUUCGUCUGAUCCCUCAUCUGAGGAGCUGCACACCACCUCCAUUAGUGGACCGACGAGUGUGGGGCAGAGCAGCAGCACGAGUGCCAUGACUCCUCUUGAGAUUAUUGAUAAUGAGGACGAGGAUCCUGAGGAGAUAUUGGGUCGUUACAUACUUGGGUUGAGCCAAUCACGGGGAAAAAGGGUUUUGGCAACACCCUUGCAACAACUUCAUAACAUGUAUUCACAGAAAUCUUCUACCAGGAAUAUGAUGUUGAUAGUUGCUGAUGAGUUAGAUUACCUAAUAACCAGAGACCGGGCUGUGCUCCAUGACCUUUUCAUGCUUACCCCCUUCCCAUUUGCCAGAUGUAUAUUAAUAGGGGUAGCAAAUGCCAUUGACCUAGCUGAUCGAUUUCUUCCAAUGCUUACAUCUCUUAAUUGCAAGCCUACUGUUGUAACUUUUUGUUCCUACUCUAAAGAUCAAAUCCUUAGGAUUCUUGAAGAAAGGCUAAAUGAACUUCCUUACACUGUCUUUCAACGUCAAGCACUAGAACUAUGUGCUAGGAAAGUUGCUGCAGCUUCUGGGGAUAUGCGGAAAGCUCUUUGCAUUUUUAGGAGUGCGAUAGAGAUGCUAGAAGCAGAAGUUAGAGAAUCUGUAUUCAAUUGGAAGAGAAAUCAUCCUCUAAACAAAAUAUGGCUACAGUUUCUGAUCCCAUGCCUAAGAUCCAUUGAUCAUAUGGCUCGUGCUUUGUCAAACACAUAUAGAUCACCAGUGGUGGAUUCUAUACAAUCUUUGCCACAUCAUCAACAGAUUAUACUUUGCUCAUCCAUGAAACAUUUCUGUGGAUCUAAGAAAGAUACAAUCCUUGGAGAGCUAUAUAAAUCUUACUCUGAGUUAUGCAAAUCAUCAUUGAUUCUCCCAACAGGAAUCUUGGAAUUCUCAAACAUGUGCAGAGUGCUUAAUGACCAGGGGCUCAUUAAACUAGGACCAUCACGAGAGGAUAAAUUGAAAAGGGUAACACUAAAAGUUGACAAGGCCGAUAUUACUUUUGCAUUGCAGGGAAUCCGAUUUUUUAGAAAUUUCUUCAAUGAUCCACUCAUGAUUGGUGAUUUUGGUUUAGCUUGAUGUGAGACAGUAGAUUAAUUAGUUUUAUGUUCUCCACUCCAUAGAUAAAGGUUAUUUCAUUAUAUAUGAAAUUGCUUGGGAAUUGGGAAGAAUAGGUCAGAAUUUAUCACCUCAUUAAAUGAUUCUUUUCUCAAGUUGAAAUUUGUCAAUGAAGGUUUUGUAAUAUCUGUGAUUGUUAUCCUGAGAUAUUCGAAAAGGUAAUUACCAUUGUCUAUGUUUUGCAUUCUCUUGUAAGCCUUCACAAUUUAAAUCACAAGUACCUAAUUCAAUUCAUCUGA